UUUGACAUUCGCCACCACGCUGCCUCAAAAAAACAUGUAGCUGUGAUGGGCGCAUGUACCCAGAAAAAUAAGUUGCAUUUCGUUCCAAAGUCGACCAAAACGCAGGAGCAGGAAGCAGCACUAUGUCUGCAUAUUGCCAAACACUCAGCGAUUGCGACAAGUGAUCAUUUGUCGAAGUUGUGUGUUGAGCAGUUUUCAGCUUGCAAAGCUGCUGCAAAUAUAAAACUAGGCAGAACGAAGUGCACCUACAUCAUUAAAAAUGUACUGGCAAUGCAUUUUAUUAGCGAUUUAAGAAGCGACAUCGGAGACUCAGGCUUUAGUCUUCUAUUGGACGAGUCUACUGACAUCAGCGUCGAAAAAAUUCUUGAAUCCCUUAAAAAUACCGAGAGUAUGUGACACAAGAUGGUUGUCGAUAGAGAGUGCGGUUUCUCGUAUCGUGGAUCAGUGGACGGAGCUGAAGCUGCAUUUCGAGUUAGCAGCUACUACUGAAA